AUGCCGAGCCUCUUCGGAUCUCGACGUCGCGGCAGCAGCGCGCAGCCGCCACUGGACCGCAGUGUCACCUCCAAUGCCGCCCUCGCCGCCAGUCAGGCCGCCGUGCAGCGGCGGCCAUCCACUGCCUCGCUGUCGUCAUCCGCCGCCGCCGCCGCCCUCCGCUCAUCGAACACCACCCCCGAGCCGAUCGGCAGCAUCCAGACGAAGCGCAUGAUGCGACGCGGCUCAGUCACCUCGAUCGGUAGCGGGAGUCAAUUCGGUGGAAGCGUGGGAGGUAACAACUCUCGAGCUCCCUCGCUCACCCGGCCCGGCAGCUCGGCCUCCAUGAGUGAACGCACAUUUCGGGGCCAGUCACCCGCUCGUAAUGGAGCUGUCCCACCGGCACGCAAUGCACCGCCCGUCCCGGCUAUCCCACGAAAUAUCCCGAGCGGACACAAACGCUCCUCCAGCGUCGACGUCCCGGCACGCGCCAUAUCCCCUUCUCCCAAAGACGGCCGAUCCAUGAGCAUGGAUCGCAGGAGUAAACCUCAUCCGCCUCCAACCAAGCCCCCUGGGUCGAAUCGCAACUCCAAACGAUUGUCGGACGUCGCAGAGGAGCUCGAACGGAGCGACAGCAAUCGCAACAGAAACUUCUCCCGUCCCAUCGCCUCGCCGACCAAUUCGCCUCCCGCGUCGCCCAUCACGGCCCGCCCGGACGAGGCCAAGAGCGUGGCGGCAUGGCACACUGCGCCCAAAGGGACGGGCCCGCUCAAUGGGAACUCGAACAAGGCCGCCAACAAGUCAGACGCCCUGUCUCAGAAGAUCGCGCGGAUACAAGCAGCGGCGGCGGCAAACGGGAAGCCUACAAAUUCACCAUCGCCGAUCAACACAUCUGCACCGCCGAAGAAAGAGCAGGAGGUGGUCAUGAUCUUCGAUCCGGCCACGAGGAAAUUUGUUCCUUCCUACCGGGACAAGCCUUCUCCAUCGUCGUCGUCUCCGCCUUCGCCCGCGCUUCGCCAACCGGAACCACUCGCCCCGGGCACGUAUGACCCCAAUACGCGGACCAUCGUCCCUUCGCCGAGCUCAGCAGCUGCGCCGCCGUCUGCGCUCGGACAGACGUCUUGGCAGUCCCCUUCGCCCUUGGCCGCGCCCGUUCGACCGUCGGCGUCUCGCAACAUCACCCCCGUUUCUAUCCAGGCCGUCAAGUCCGCGGCACAGCCGGUUGCAAAGCAGCCAUCGGGUGCAUCGGCCAGCCCUGCUGUGGCGCAAUCAUCCUCGAAAUUGAUACCGCCUCCUUCUCCGGUCGCACAGACCACGCCCACCCCUGCAUACGUCUCUGCAUCGCCCCCCGGUGGCCAGUCGAGCAUUCGCAAUCGCGGCCUCUCCCCGUCGCCCAGUCCAGCCCGCUCGGCACGGUUCUCCACGGUCCCCACCAUCGACACCACCAAGCACGUCCCACCACCUCGGGAGCUGUCGCCCGUCAAGUCCGCCUUGAAGCAUUCGCCAGCACCUUCGCUGCGUGCUGCUUCACCUCUGGGAAACUACCCGACUACAGGGACCGCCAGCGAGAUCUCGGACACGGCGUCGCAAACGUCACAGGAUGGCAGUCUCACCGUCAAGAAGAGGAAGUCCGUGCGAGUCAGCUUCGAGGAACAGCCACAGGAAAUCGCUCCGGCGAAUGCGACGACCGGCAGGGUAGCUUCGUUCGACCGUUCUGUAAUCGACGACGAUGAAGAUGACGAGAUCAUGAAGCCCCGCCCCGCGUUGCCGAGUUUCGGGAGUGUGCGAAGAGGAAAGGAUUCACCAGAGGUGGCAGAGAAGGCCGCGGGCAUCCCGCCAGCUCAGCCUGCAGUGAGCAGUGAUCACGCCAUCGGUGGAAUCCUGGCCAAUGCUGGUGACCGAACCAAGAGCGACGGUGAGGCUCCGGAAAACAAAAGAGCCGAACACGCCAGGGGUGACAGCCACGCGUCCUUUGCGUCAACGACCGAGACUCAACAGACGGACGACGACCAGGAAGUCCCCGCGAUCAAUUUGCUGCCUCCGACGCCUGGUGAAGAAGGAAAGCCGUUUGCGGAAGCUGCGACGACCGCGCUCGCUGUUUCCGACGACGCUGAGCUCCCGCUCGUUGACCAAGGCACGCCUGUGCUGGACGCUAUCAACGAAGACAGUGACGAUAGUGUCAAUUUCAGUGACGCUGCAGAGGACCUGUCGGAGCUGGAUAACGGUGGUUUCAUCUCACUCGACGCUGUCGCCGUCAGCCCCAUCGCCAAGUCCGCCUCCGCCGCCAGACCGGUCUCUCAGAUCAUCGCAUCGCCUCCCGCAAGCCCCACGGUCCCGCUGGCCGUCAGAAAGACUCGCAUGAACAAUGAGAAACAGGGCAGUGGGGAUUGGACCGAGGCCACCGCAUACUGGUCGAAGUUGAGCAGACAACAACGCGAACAGAUCGAGCGCGACCACAUGUCGUCUGACGAUGAAGCGCGACCGACGGCGGCGGCAAAGAAGCCAAAGCAGGCGGCUGAGAAGACAUCGACCGCGCCCGCGGGUGUCGCAACUGCACCGGUCGUCAAGCCGGCGCUGAAGAAGAGCAUGCGACCGGAGCCCACGCCUGCUGCGGCCACCAACGGCGACGCUGGGGUUCAUAUGCGACGAUCCAUGCGCGGAGAGAAUGGCCGAACACCCAGUCUUCGCGAUAGAACGGCAUCCCAGCGCGCCGUUCCAGAGCCGCAGCCGCGACCGCAGCCCGCCACCGCUCGCCCGCCAAUCGCAAACCGUCUCAGCAGUCUGUCGGUCAUGUCCACCACUUCGGUGGCAUCGCAGGACUCGGCUUACCCCAAAAUCAACGGCAAGGGCAAAUCUGCUCAAGCCUCGUCCGGCGCGCCCGUGGUGAGUGCCCGACUUCAGAAGGAGCUGGCCAAUGAUUCCGACUCGGAGUCCAGCUUCAAGAAGAAGCGUCGUCCGGCCAACAAUUCCGGGAGAUAUACUAUGAAGCGCAGCAUGCGACGUGCCGCCGAUGCGCCUACGACCGCGGCCCCGGCUCGUGAAGCACGCCCCGUGUCCCCGGAUCGAGCCCGCACCAAGGAGCCGUUCAGCAUGCGCUCGCUUUCGCCCACGGGGUCUCUCUUCAGCCGCAACCGCGGCGACAAGGUGCGCGAGUCGAUCCGCAGCGGUUCCGUCGAUACCGGAUCGAACCGGAUGACUCUACGCACCGCUGCUAACGGUAGAGCACAGUCCGGACGUCCAGGCGCCAGCCGUCAAAACAGCGCCCCCAAGGGCUCUGGAUUCCGUUCGCGCUUCGUCGACUCCGAUGACGAAGACGACGCUCAGCCUAGCCGCUCCGUGGGUGGAUUCUUCCGCAGCCGCUUUGCCGAUUCGGAUGAUGAUGCGGAUGAUGAUACCCUCAUCACUGCGGACUUGACCCCUGUUCGAGGUAUCCCGCGCCGCACCGGCCGCGACGACGGCGACUCUACCGACCUCGAAGACGAAGACGACGACGCGGAAGACCCACGCAAGGCCUCGCGUCGGCGAGAGAAGAUUGCGAAGCCUGGUGUCCCUGACCCUGCCGAGGUCGAUCGCGCGAUGGCUUUGAUCUUGGCACAACGCGAACAAGAGGCGAGCAAAGCUGCUCAGCCGGUCCAGCAGCCAAAACCGAGCAAAGCCGCCAAAGCCAAAGACGAGCCGGACAUGGAAUUCCUAAUGGAGGCCGCUCGAAAGAAACUCGGCAUCCCUGCCCCAGUCCCUCCCGCGAACUCGAAAGCCGGCUCUUUGUUCUCCAAGGGCAGCCUUCGAGGCAAUUCCGGCAAGGAUGCCAUCGCCAACGAUCGUCCGGAGCCGAAGUCCCUCGCGGCCGACAGCUCCCUGGGCCGUGAGUCCACCUCCUCCGCACAGGGGUACACACCUUCCAUCAUCGAGAAGAAACGCCGCGGUCUGAUGGACACCAUCCUGCGCCGGAACCGCACCAACAGCAGCGCGUCCAUGCCGGCGCUCGACACACAGAACCCGCCUCCCUCAGGCGAUGCCCCUCCGGUACCUUCGAUCCCCUCGAGCCCACGCGUUUCCACGCCCACACGCCCCUCGGACCUCACAACCACCACCGCCACCGACGCCGCACCCAUCUCUUCUCCUUCCACGCCCACCACCACCACCGCCGCGGCGCCCACCACCGCACCCACGACCCCCCCUCCUCCCGCCGCCAUCGCCACCACCGCGACGCCGACCGACACGCCCAGCCCUCUCUCCAAAUUCCUCCACCGCCGCUCCCAACCGCCGCCCAUGCGCCGCGACAACAGCAACUACUCGACCAUGACCGCACCGCCGGACAUCCGCUCCGACUGGCCCGCCGACGACCCCGCGCCGCCCCUCCCCCGCGCCGCCGCCUCCUCGGCCCUGAGCCCCAACGGCCACAGCAGCAACAAACCCUCCAGCUUCCGCCCCAACACCAGCGACGGCAACGACGCGCCCAACCGCCGCGCCUCGGUGCGCUUCCUCGAGGGCGGCGACGACGACGCUCAGGAGAAGUCCGGCGCCGCGAUCAACCCCGACGGCUCGCCCAGGAGGACCGUCCAGGUCUACAGCCAGCGCACCGGCAAGAAGAAGAAGUUCGGCCUCUUGAGGAGGGCGUUCCGGCUGGACGACUGA